AUGACAACAACAAGGGCACAAAACGAUAUGACCUCAUCAGCAUCAUCCGCUACUCAAUCAUCAACAACAAUAUCAUCAUCACCAUCAUCAAAUUCAUCUAUUCCACUUGUACCAUCAUCAUCUUUAGAUACACAUCAUACAGGUGGUCAUAUAACAUGUGUUAUUAUUGGUGAUUCUGGUGUUGGAAAAUCUUCAUUAGUUGUUAGUUAUACAACAAAUGAUUUUCCAACACAAUAUGUACCAACUGCAUUUGAUAAUUAUUCUGUUGAUGUUUCUGUUGGUACUCGACUUGUUCAUUUCGACAUUUGCGAUACAGGAGGAAAGGAACAAUUUUCACCUUUACAUGGUCUAUGUAUCCCAUACAGCGAUGUUAUAUUACUAUGCUUUAGUGUUGUUAAUCCUCAAUCAUUUCAAAAUGCAAUAACAUAUUGGUUAUCACGUGCACGUCGUUCCAAUUCAAAGAUUCCAAUUAUACUUGUUGGUACACAAAUGGAUCUUCGAUCAGAUUUACAAACAUUAUUAACACUUGAUCAACAAAAAUUAAAACCGGUGACUGAAAAAGAAGCACGCGCACGUGCACAACAAAUGCAUGCUUGUACUUAUAUUGAAUGUUCAUCAUUAACGGAAAAAAAUCUUAAAACUGUUUUUGAUACAGCUGUUUUAACAGCUAUUGAAUUUCGUGAUGGAAAUACAACACCAUCAUUAUCAUCAACAUCGAUUAUGCCUAUAAUUGAACAACAAAAACAAGAUCAAACAACAAAUAAACAACAACGAACACGUCAUCAUCAUCAUUCACAUUCAAUGAAAACUUGGAGAAAAUUAGUAUCGGGCUGUAUUGGUGUUUGA